UCAGACAUUUACAUUAGACAUGAAGGAGGUAGGGAGAGUCGAUGUUCAGGGUAUCGUUUCAGUGUCAAAAUAAGUUUUGAAGUUAUAUUCGGAGUUGUCGAGAAACACGGACUACAUCGACAUGAUAUUCGUCAGAAGCUGAAAUACAUUUUUCUAAAGUGAUACAAAUUCAAUCAGAAUGUCAACUCCCACCAACUCGCUUCAACAACAGUCGAGAGUUCGACGGAGCAAUGAGGGAUCAUCCAGUGCACCCAACAGCUGCCGUUUGCACCCCAUCCGUGCUAUCGUGCCCUAUCAACUCUUACGCGGGGGCCAGAUCAGCCCGACACACUCGCAGUCCGUCUGCGUUAGAAGCAACAAUGGACCAGUGAAUAUACGCAGCUCAAGUCCUCCUAGUCCGACACCGAAUCCUGGUAUAAAUGGCACUGGGGAACCGAAGUUAACCACGAGACAGCGACUGUCCCCAGACAACCGCGGCUCAUGUUCACCUGAUCGGGGUCCACACUCACCUGUUUGCAGAGUUGAACGGUCCAAACUGCAGGUGCGCAGUUCCAUCUGGCGGGCGUCUUCACUGGAUGCUAUCACCGGGCCGUACCUUACCGGCCAGUGGCCUCGCGAUUCCCAUGAACCCUAUCCCUCCUGCAUGAAAGACAAAGCCACACAGACGCCUGGUUGUUGGAUUGAGGAGGGAGGAGAGCUGGGGAAUCCACACCAGCGCUCAGCAUCCUGGGGAAGUGCAGACCACCUUAAAGAACAGAUCGUGAAACUCAGACUGCAGCUGCAGCGCACCAAACAGUUCAGCAGGCAGGGCAAAGAGAAGGAGCAGAGCUCUCUGCAGCCACAGGGCCAGCAGCACUCCGCCACAUGCCAGUCUCAGGCCAAGGUGUUUCCAGUGGUCAACAUGCCUGUGCCAAAGUCCCACAUAUUCAAAGUGCCUAGCAGCGUGGAGGGCAUCAACCAUGAGCUGGAGAAUGUUUUUAUCAGAGAGGACUGGAAGCAGGGAAUACAGGCUAUGGAUGUGUUGGACGGACGCCGGGCACCUUUUCCAUCCCAUCCUCGCGGGGACGUGCGGGACACGGACACCCAGGCCCCCUCCAGUGGGGGCUCCAGCCCCUUUCCUCAGCGCUGCACCCCGGACCCUCUCCAUUUCUCUGAUAGCAGCCCCUGCUCUGCAGAAGAGCCUGACAAAGAUAGUGGAUGCAGUUCACCACUUCUCAAGUUUGCCACCUCCCCUAAACCUAACAACAGUUACAUGUUCAAACGGGACCCUCCGGAGGGCUGCGAGAGAGUCAAAGUUUUUGACGAGAUGGUGUCCUGCAAGUCAAAAGGCUUUCCCCUCUUCUCUUGUCCUGACAAAAACAAGGUGAACUUCAUCCCCAGGGGCUCAGCCUUCUGCCCGGUCAAACUCCUCUGCUCCUCCUUCUUCUCCUCCUCCUCCACACCAGGUGGCAGUGACAGCGCCGUGCCCAAGGUGACCAGCACCGCCCUGCCUCCUCAGCUCUCUUCAGCCCACUCAGUUCUCUCCUCCAUAACCUCUGACACAGGCAUCAAUACGGACAACAGCACCGACAGUCCUGAUACAGACCCUAGCUCUACUAAUACCACCACAAUCACAGAUAUUAUCAAAAGCCAUGAUGGCUCGCCACACUUCCUUCUCACCAGCUAGUUUUCAGGUGUGGCAAAGCAUCAUAGCAUAGCUUUUACCUUGUUUCCUGACAAAAAAAGUAUUUCCUGGUUCAAUUAUAACUCUUUCAUUUGCCUUGUAACAGCUAGAAAACAGUUUUCUCCAUCACUAAUUUAGCCUUCUAUUCUAGCAUUCACUAUUCUUAGAAAAUUUGAGAUCUGACUGUUAUAAAUGUAUUGUCAGUUCUAUCAAAAUAAAGAAAAUCCAAAAAUGUUAUAAAAGGAAAUAAAGAUGGUGUAAGGGGAACACAUAUUCAUAGAAUUGUUAUCUAUUCAGAUUAUUUAGCUGUCCAGUAAUACAAAAUACUAUUUAUAAUUUGGGUAAGCUUCUUAAGAAUAUCAUAUAUGUUUAUAUUGCAAAAAUCUAUGGGGAAGUACUUAAUUUCCAGCAAAACAUUCCACAUUUCCCCAUUUGUUUAAUCAAAUAAUUGCGUUGUGCUAGUGUAAUGGGAAAAAGUUAGCAACCUCUCACACCAGAUAAGUCUUAUUUAAGGUCUAAAAAGAUAGAUGUGGAAAUAACCAAACAGCCAGUUACAAAGCAGUGUCCCUACAUAGUUUUACCCCUAGUGCCACCUUUCUUUUUGCAUGUAGAUGUUUUCAUCCCUCUGCCUUACUCAUGAUUUGAGUUAUCCCAACACCGUAUAGAAAUUGUACAAAUCUUACCUUGAGGUAAGCACCCAUUUGGGAUACAAGAUAUAAUUGUAGGAAAGGUAGAAAGAGGUCCACAAAUAGGAAAAGCAUCUGACUGCAACAGGCUACACACAGCCUCACUUCAGGUCCCUCAGAAGAAUUUACUCAGGUCAUUUUAGGACUCACAAGGUCACACAAGGACUACAUUGACCAUCUCUUUAAUUUAUGGGAGUGCUCCAAAGCGUUUUUUUUUAUCUCUGCAGGCAAUUUCUGACACCAAAUCUAGGCCUAUGUAGGGCCAUGGAUACAUAUGUCCAGUCCUACAACAAAAAAAACUUCUCUGUAACAUUAGCUUCCCCUUGCAACUAGUUUCAACUAGUUUACCAAUUAUAUCCUUACAGUGCCACAGAUCCAAAACAGGCAGUUGUAUUACGUUCUGUUAAGUUGUGUUACUAAAACAGAGCAUGAAACAUACAGUAAAUUGCCAUUAUUAUAUAGAUCAGUUAGGAUUUUUGGUACACAACUGAUGUUGUGUUUUUGGGUCAAAUCACUUAAUUGCAGAGAUUGAAAUCGAAUCAAUUAUUGAUAAUAAGAAUGUAUUCAUUUAUUCAAUUAAUAAACCUACACUAAUACACAUUGUCUAUCACUGAACAGGAGGAUCCAGGCAACUGUGUGUAAAGUAUGUGCUUAAUGAAAUUGUAUUUUGAAGUAUGUACAAAUACAAUGUACAAACCUUUUGACAAUAUGAUUUUGACAAUAUGAUGAAUUAUGUCAUAUAGCCAUGUUCAUUCGUACAAUUUCUGGUAUACUUUAAAGUAAUUGCAAAUAUAACACACACAGAAAACAAUAUGCAAAAUUCCUCUCAGACCUAGUUGGAUCUUCCUAUUGUUAAUUUCACAGCUACAUGAUACAUUGGAAUCAUACUAACCAUUGUGAAGCAGAGUUCAGCAAAGUUUGCCAAGUUUGGAACUAAUAUUUCAUUUCACAUGUGUAUUUAAUGUUUUGUAAGUAGACUUUUUUUCAAUAAAAUUGACAAAAAUA